GGACACACAGACCGCAGCGCCUCGCCGGGGCCGGAGCUCACCGAAAAGCUCACGUCGGAGGUGGACCAAGUGCUGGGUGUCGCCCGAACGUAGCGGUUACAUGUACAGCAGCCUCGGCUGAGGUAACGGUGUGUGUUCGAGGACUGUACGCUGCGAUGUCGGAGUUUCUGGUGAGUCUGCUCGGGGAGCGGCUCGUCAACAGCGAGAAAGCCGAGGUGGACGUGCAGUCUCUGGGCGCCAGGCUGUCCCUGGUCGGGCUCUUCUUCGGAUGCAGCCUGAACGCACCCUGCAAGCAGUUCAGCGGCAGCCUGUGCGAGUUUUACAGCAGGUUCAAAAAGACGUCUGAGCACAAGGACAAAUUGGAAAUCGUCUUCAUCUCGUCUGAUCAGGACCAGAAACACUGGCAAGACUUUUUGCAGGAGAUGCCAUGGCCUGCGUUACCUUUCAAAGACAGACACAAGAAGAUGAAGCUGUGGAACAAGUACAAGGUAACCAGUAUCCCAUCUCUGGUGUUUGUGGACGCAACUACGGGGAAGAUCGUGUGUCGAAACGGCCUGCUGGUGGUCAGAGAUGACCCUAAAGGCCUGGAGUUCCCCUGGGGCCCGAAGCCGUUUGCGGAGGUGGUGGAAGGGCCUCUGCUCAGGAACAACAGGCAGACAGCAGACAGCAGCUCUCUGGAGGGACACUACGUGGGAGUGUAUUUCUCAGCACACUGGUGCCCACCGUGCCGCAGUUUGACUCGAGUCUUGGUGGAAUCGUAUCGAACCGUCAAAGAGUCGGGUCAGAAGUUUGAGAUCGUGUUCGUCAGCGCUGACAGGUCAGAGGAGUCCUUUAAGCAGUACUUCAGCGAGAUGCCGUGGUUGGCAGUGCCAUAUUCCGACGAAGCUCGACGAUCACGACUCAACAGACUCUAUGGAAUACAAGGUAUUCCCACGUUGAUUCUGUUGGACGCAGAGGGUCACAUGAUCACGCGACAGGGCCGGGUGGAGGUGCUGAACGACCCCGAGUGCCGACUCUUUCCCUGGCACCCCCGACCCGUCCUCGAGCUCAGCGAGUCCAACGCCGUGCAGCUCCACGAGGGGCCCUGCCUCGUCCUGUUUGUGGACGCUGAGGAUGAAGGUGAAUUGGAGCCAGCCAAGGAGUUGAUUCAGCCAAUCGCAGAGAAGCUCAUGGCUAAGUACAAAGCCAAGGAGGAGGAGACGCCGCUGCUGUUCUUUGUGGCUGGAGAGGACGACAUGAGCGACUCGCUGCGAGACUACACUAACCUCCCAGAAGCAGCUCCUCUGCUCACCAUCCUCGACAUGUCGGCUCGCGCCAAGUACGUCCGCGACGUGGAGGAGAUCACGCCGGCCAUCGUGGAGCAGUUCGUCACCGACUUCCUCGCCGAAAAGCUCAAACCAGAGCCCAUCUAAAGAGAACGUCCGGGUACAAACCGGUCACACUAAAAUGGGACUCACUCCAUUGUCGAAACCCCGACCUGUUGCUCCACCCCUCACCUUUCCUCCCCUCUGUCUCUCUGUCUCUCCCCCACCACCUCCCCUCCUGACUGUUAGAGAGACGUCUCACUUUUUACUGACAUUUUAACAUUUUUUUUAGACAUGUUCCUCUUUUCAUGGAGUCCUCUCUUUCUCCUGUGGUGCCUUGCAUUGACUAUAGUCCAUACAGUAAUAUAUAUGGAGAUUCUGUUGGGUUUUUUUUUAUUUUGUUUUUGGCCUCAAGAAAAGUUUUUUUCCACACAAUAGCAUUUCUGAAUUCUAGAGAAAGCCAGAGAAUUACCCAGUGGACCUACUUAUUCAGCUGAUUCUUUGUUUUCCAUUUUGUCCGCAAUAUUCUUUUUUUUUUUGGUUUCUGGAUGAUGUUAAGAAACAAUAAAAUGCAUUUUUACAGUUGUGAUUCACAUGUAGUGCAGAUGUGCUGAACCUCAGUUGGAUGUAGCUGUAAGCCUUUACGGCCCUAUUUAAAUAAAAGUUAAAAAAACCAGUAUGACAGGUGCACAUACAGUAAAGAGCACGUCGUUGCUUGUAUCAGACCAAUGACUGAUGUUUUUCAAACCCCUGUAUCUUGUGUGUGUCAUGAUGUGAGUGAAAGUCAUCUCUAGCCAGUUGUUAACGGUAGUUCUCAUCUCAAAGUCAUUACGAGGAUUUUCUGUGAAGGUCCCCUUAAUGAAAACAGGCCAGGUUAUUUCUGGAGGCACAAAAUGGCAUUUUUUUUAAAAGUGUUGAAUGUAUAAAUCCCUAUAUUCUGUUACUUCAGUCUUGACUUCUCACACCCAUUAAAAAAAUUCACUGGCAAGCACAAAGUUUUAUUCCCGUUUAAGUUUUAUCAAUAAAGUUAGCUCUUGGAUAUGUAAAAGACA